AACGCUUUGGAUUCCCCGGGCCUGGGUGGGGAGAGCUAGCUGGGUGCCCCCGCCAUCCCCCACCCCCUGCACCCCAUGAGCCGAUCCUCGGCCCCAUGGAGCCCGGCAAUUAUGCCACCUUGGACGGGCCCAAGGAUAUGGAAGGCUUGCUGGGAGCUGGAGGGGCGCGCAAUCUGGUAGCCCACUCCCCGCUCGCCAGCCACCCGGCGGCGCCUACACUGAUGCCCGCUGUCAACUAUGCCCCCCUGGACCUGCCAGGCUCUGCGGAGCCACCCAAGCAGUGCCACCCUUGUCCUGGGGUGCCCCAGGGGGCGUCCCCAGCUCCCGUGCCUUACGGCUACUUUGGAGGCGGGUACUACUCUUGCCGAGUGUCCCGGAGCUCGCUGAAACCCUGUGCCCAGGCAGCCACCUUGGCUGCCUACCCCUCGGAAACUCCUGCGGCUGGGGAGGAGUACCCCAGCCGCCCCACCGAGUUUGCCUUCUAUCCGGGGUACCCGGGAGCCUACCAGCCCAUGGCCAGUUACCUGGAUGUGUCAGUGGUGCAGACCCUGGGUGCCCCUGGGGAGCCGCGCCAUGACUCCCUGCUUCCAGUGGACAGUUACCAGCCCUGGGCCCUGGCUGGUGGCUGGAACAGCCAGAUGUGUUGCCAGGGUGAGCAGAACCCACCGGGUCCCUUCUGGAAGGCGGCGUUUGCAGACUCCAGCGCACAGCACCCUUCGGAUGGCUGUGCCUUCCGUCGCGGCCGCAAGAAGCGCAUUCCCUACAGCAAGGGGCAGUUGCGCGAGCUGGAGCGAGAGUACGCGGCUAACAAGUUCAUCACGAAGGACAAGCGGCGCAAGAUCUCGGCGGCUACCAGCCUCUCCGAGCGUCAGAUAACCAUCUGGUUUCAGAACCGCCGCGUCAAGGAGAAGAAGGUUCUCGCCAAGGUCAAGACCAGUGCUACCCCGUGAGGGGUCUCCCUGGCUGGGGGUGGGGGCAGGAGAAGUGGGGGUGUCCUGGGGACACUGGGACCCGGCCAGGCCCCAGCAGAGGACUCUGCAGAGCAGCACCCAGAGCUGACACCCUAGGUGGCCACUGGCUCCUGGACUAUU